GUUUUUGUUUUGGGUAGGUCUCUUCUCCAACCCUGUGACAAUGUAUCACAAAACCCUAUAUAAGUCUUUCUUCUUCUUCUCCUUCUUCCCAAAACCCUACAUUUCUACUACAAAAACCGCAGAAUAUAUACAAAGUAACCCUAAUAUUCUUCCAUGGCUUUCAAAAUUGCCAAGUUUGCUUAUUCUGCCAUUAAUCCUUCCAAGACCUUGUCAAUUUCACCCUAUUCUCUCUGUCAUUUUCGGUUCUCCUCGUAUUAUUCAUCUUCUUCAGAUUCAUCUUCCUCGGAUUCAUGUGUUUCAGAUUCAUGUUCUUCGGAUUCCUAUUGUGAUAAAGAUAGUGAGCUACUCAAAAGAUUUGGUACUGACUUGACUGAACUCGCUAAAAAUGGCGAGCUCGAUCCGGUUAUUGGUAGAGAUUAUCAAAUUCGACGUUGUAUGCGAAUAUUAUCGAGGAGAAUGAAAAAUAACCCUCUUCUUAUUGGCGAGGCUGGGGUUGGAAAGACUGCAAUUGCUGAAGGGAUAGCUCAGCGAAUUGUGAGUGGGGAUGUUCCAGAACCUCUAUUGAACCGACAGGUGAUCUCAUUGAAUGUAUUUUCACUAGUGGCUGGAACUAAAUAUGUUGGAAUGUUGGAGAAAAAAAUGGAAAAAAUUCUGAAGGAAGUUUCUGAUGCAAAAGGGAAAAUAGUUUUAUUCAUUGAUGAGAUCCACACUAUGGUUGGUGCAGGUUCUGCUGAGGAUAGCAACCUUGAUGUUGCAAACAUUUUGAAACCAGCACUAGGCCGAGGUAAGCUUCAAUGCAUAGGAGCGACCACCUUAAAAGAGUACAGUAGGUAUAUGAAAAAGGACUCUGCUCUUGAACGUAGAUUCCAGCAAGUGUUCUGUGAUCAGCCUUCUGUACAAGACACAAUCUCCAUUCUUCAGGGAUUGCGCAAGCGCUAUGAGUUGCAUUAUGGUGUUAAAAUAUCAGACAAGGCCCUAGUUUCAGCAGCAGUACUUGCAGACCGGUAUAUCAUGGAUCGUUUUUUGCCUGAUAAAGCCAUUGAUCUUGUUGAUGAAGCUGCUGCAAAGCUGAAAAUGGAGACCACUGCAAAGUCUACGGAAUGGGAAGAACUUAAAAAAAUGUUGCAGAGUGAGAAGGAUCUCAUUACUAAAAUUGGUUCAACUAAAAACGAGAUUGAUAGGGUUAAGAAAGAGACAGAAUCCCUGAAUAAUGCUGCUGCGUCACUUCAGAAGCAGCUGGAAGAAGCUGAGAAGAACUUUGAGGACUUACAAAAGUCCAAAAGCUGUUUGGUCUGCGAAGAAGUAUCUGACCAUAAUAUUAAAGAGGUUUUAGUUGAAUGCACUGGUAUACCAUUAUCAGACAUUUCAGAGUCAGACAUGGAGAAGUUGGUCAUAAUAGAAGAGAUUCUACAUCAAAGGGUUAUUGGUCAAGAAGUUGCAGUAAAAUCAGUUGCUGAUGCUAUUCGAUGUUCAAGGGCUGGAAUGUCUGAUCCGAAAAAACCAAUAGCGAGUUUCAUGUUCAUUGGCCCUACUGGUGUUGGUAAGACUGAGCUUGCCAAUACCUUAGCUAGUUACCUCUUUAACACAGAAACAGCACUUGUGAGAAUCGACAUGAGUGAGUAUAUGGAAAGUGAUUCUGUUUCCCGCUUAAUUGGUGCAUCUCCUGGUUUUGAUUGUCCUCAGGAGGGACAGCUUACUGAAGCAGUUCUCCACAGACCUUAUUCUGUUAUUCUAUUCGACGAGAUUGAGAAAGCACAUCCUGAUGUGCUCAAUAUCUUGUUACAGCUUUUGGGUGAUGGAAGGGUAACUGAUUCAAGCGGUAGGACUGUCAACUUUAAAAAUUGUAUGGUGAUAAUGACAUCGAAUAUUGGGUCCGAAAAUAUCCUAAGAAUUUUUGAAAAUAGCAAGGAUGACAGCAAGGAAUCAAUAUAUGAUACAAUGAAAAGGCAGACUAUGCAGUUGGCUAGAGAAGCAUUUAGGGAUGACUUCAUGAAUCGUGUUGAUGAGUUUAUUAUUUUCCAUCCUCUGAACUGCGACGAAAUUGGUAGAAUUGCCGAAAUACAGUUGAACUCCUUGAAAGAUAGACUUAAAGAGAAGAAAAUUGAUCUCCGCUACACAAAGGAAGCUAUUGAUGUUAUAGCAAAAUUGGGAUUUGACCCGGAUUUCGGAGCCAGGCCUGUGAAAAGGGUGAUACAACACAUGGUUGCGAAAGAAAUUGCAAUGAGGGUAUUCAGAUGUGAUUUUAAGGAAGAAGACUCGAUUCUUAUUGAUGCUGACAUGUCCCCAUUAGCCAAUGACCUUCCUCCCAAUAACAGAUUGCUUAUCAAGAAAUUGGAUGUUGGAAUGGUAGGACAACAUGCAGUGAGAUGUCUCUAGUGUUUUUAAAUGCUACGUUAUUUAUGUAGGCUUUUGCUUUCAGGUAACUUUGGCGGGAAAAUUAUCUAGUUAUAUUUUUGUACCUUAAUGACAAUUAAGUCCUGUAAAAAAUUUAUUAGGACAAAUGAGUCCUACUUUUGAGAUCUAUUUCUAAUAAAGUUCUAUAAAAGUUAUAAAA